AUGAAGCUAUUAUCCAUAAAAUUGAUAUUGUUAGUUAGUUCAGUUUCAUCGUGGGUGUUAGUGUUGUAUCUUGUUGUUCUUGUUGUUGCUUCUACAGUGUCAACUUCGUCAUUAGAUCUGAAGGGAUUUCAGGUUGAAGAAGUGUCGAAGACGAACUCAGUUGCUGCACAAGGGAUUGUGCACUUGCAAUCAAGAUUCUUGAUUGCUGUUGGUAAUUCAUUACUAUUUGCUGUAAAGAUGGAAAUGUUUAGAGAAGGAGGAUCAACCUCGAGACCUCCGAUGUUGGAAGGAGCCAACUAUCCAUACUGGAAGACCAAGAUGCGUGCUUUCUUGAGAGCUAUAGAUGAAAGAUUGAAGGUCAUUGCCAAUUGUGAAAUUGCAAAAGAAGCAUGGGAGAAGCUGAAAAUUAAAAACGACGGAACUGAUGCUGUCAAGAAAUCAAGAUUGCGUGCCUUGGCCAAGGCUUUUGAAAAUCUGACCAUGGAGGAGGAUCAGUCCGUAGCAGAUUUUCAUGCAAAAUUGUGGAAGAAAACCAAGAAACAGAAGGAUGUAGUGAAGGACAAAUCUGAUGCGAGUAUUGCACUUAUUCAUCAAGAAAACAAGAAACCAGUUCUAGAAGAAUUGAAUGGCAUUGCUGACGAAACCGUUGCCUUGGUAACAAGAAACUAUGCGAAAUUCUUGAAAAAGAACUACAGAAGAAAUUUCCCAGCUGAUAAAGAAAAUUCUCUCAAGAAAAACAAAGGUGCUGAGUGCGCUAACACACUCAAAAAGAAGAAGGCCCUUGCAGCAACCUGGAGUGAUAGUGAAGAAGAAAAGAACUCCACUGCCAGUGAAGGAUCAGAUGAGGAUAAGCAGGUACUGGCAUUCAUGGCCCGAAGCCGUCACCCAGUUGAGUCUAAAGAUGAUGCAGUCUCCGCUUCAUCAGAAGCUGAUAGCGUAGGUCGACAAAAUGCUUAUGAAGAAAUGUUUACACAAUGGGAGUACAUGACUAAACAGAUCCGUGGUCUAAAAAGUUCUCUAGAGCAAGUGGAGACUGAAAAAGGAAAGUUAGAGGACACAUUCAAAAACCUCAACAGACUUGUUGAUGAAAAGGAGAAUGAAAUCUAUAAACUCAUUCCUGAUCUAAUUAGAACCAAGCAAGCUCUACAAUUCAUUCCCCCAGGCACAACAGCUAUCAAUCAAACUCUACAGCUUCAGAAGCCUUAUGGUGAUCGAACCUCCUUAGGCUAUAAGAUCCUGUAUAAACAAGGUAAUGACCUGUUUGUUGAGAAUUCACUUCCCUCAAAUGUCGAUUCAACAAAGAAGGAAGAUGAGAGAGGUCACAUUCGUCCCAAGUGCUACAAAUUGCAGAAUUACUUGAAAGCAAUGUUCAAUCGACCAAAUAGUUUCCCUCAACCAAAUAAGUCACAUGGACGCAAACCUUGUCGAGAAUGGAAAAUGAAGUCCAAACCAAAUCCAAGUGUUGGAUUAGUUGCAAAGCUAUCUCUGUCUGCCUUUGUUGAAGGGCAGUGGUAUCUUGACAGUGGAUGUUCUCGUCACAUGACUGGAAAUAAGAAAGUGCUAGUUAACUACAAAGACGAAAAAGGGGAAUCGUGA